AUGUGUUGCAAUCUCGUCCAUGCCGACGAUCCCUUGGGCGAGAUCGUCGCCCCUGCACACCGCGCCCUCGCCGGCACCGUCGUCUCCUCCCUCAACCGCCUCAAGGACGUCGACAACUCCGACGGCGGCUUCUUCGUCUUUGGCGACAUGUCCGUCCGCAUCGAGGGCCGCUUCUCUCUGCGGAUGACGCUCUUUGAGCUCAUUGAGGGCCAGGUCGUCCACGUCAUGACCACCGUCUCCAACCCCUUCACGGUCUACUCCUCCAAGACCUUCCCCGGCAUGUCCGAAUCCACCUUCCUGUCCAGGAGCUUCUCAGAUCAGGGCGUCCGCAUCCGCAUCCGCAAGGACCACCACGUCAAG